UUGAAGUUCUGUGUUUAUUCUGUUUUCUCUUUGCCGUUUAUUUUGUAAGUCCAGUUCCAGAAGUGUCGUUCAUACUACAGAAACAAGACGUAACCUCGUCUGAUUGGCUGCUUUACUGAAAGCAAUGUCUGACCAAUCAGCGAGCAGUUGUACUGCAUAUAUAAUGGUGACAUCAAGCUGUUAAACUGAUUCCGUUUACGGCUUGUGAUACAGUAGCAAAACGAGUGCAAGAAAAUGUCGGGACGAGGAAAGAGCGCGAAGUCCAGAGCCAAGGCCAAGAGCCGCUCCUCCAGGGCCGGACUCCAGUUCCCCGUCGGCCGUGUCCACAGGCUGCUAAGGAAGGGAAACUAUGCCAAGCGUGUCGGUGCCGGAGCUCCCGUCUACCUGGCGGCUGUGCUGGAGUACCUGACCGCUGAGAUCCUGGAGCUGGCUGGAAACGCCGCCAGAGACAACAAGAAGACUCGCAUCAUCCCCCGUCACUUGCAGCUGGCUGUCCGCAACGACGAGGAGCUCAACAAGCUGCUGGGCGGAGUGACCAUCGCUCAGGGCGGCGUGCUGCCCAACAUCCAGGCGGUGCUGCUGCCCAAGAAGACCGAGAAGGCUAGCAAAGCCAAGUAAAGACCCGGAAGCACAACAACCCUCAAAGGCUCUUUUCAGAGCCACACACCUUCACUGAAGACUUAAUCCUUCAUUUGAGAAUGACCACUUUAUAUAUGUAUAUUUAUUUACAAGUAUUUUUGCUCUCACCUAAUUUUGACUAUAUUAAUCAGUUAUUUGUAGUAUAAAAUAUAUACAGAUAAUACAAAUCUAGUAAAGAAUAUAUGAACACGGACAGUUAAAAUAAACCAUACUAUAUUAUGCAUAUAAAUAUAUAAUGCAAAAUGUUUGUAAAUAUUUACAUUUAGCAAAUAUUGAAGGAAGUGUUUUA